UCCACAACAAAUGCAAAGUGAUUCAUUUCAGAUUUCUUACUCAUGCCGUAUUAGAUAUAGUUUGCGCAUAUAUAUUAUCACCUUAGUCGCAUUAGUGUUUUUUUUUUUAAUUACUUUCUUUUUUAUUGUCUGUAUAAACACGGUUAAUCUGCAGAUUCCCGCCAGGAAUGGCGAGCCAGCAUGGCAAGUGGACGCUCUCUGACAGCGAUGAUAAUGAUGAUAACAACAUCAUACCACCAACACCACCCAAAGACAUCAAAAAACCCCUACAUCACAUCAAGCCCAACCCGGAGCCCAAAGCCAGCCCAGUUAACACACUGUUGAAGCCAAAAUCUGAGCCUAAGAAAGAAAAUACCAAAAAACUCCUGACUGGAAAGCCGUCCAUCCCUGCCGUGGACUCUGCCAUGGGACAUCACAGUAACCCAGUGAGAAAUGACAGCAAUUCUUCACCAGCACUGAAACGGAAGAGAGAAACAGACGAGGGAGGCUGGAACCUCUCUAGUAGUGAUGAUGAUGGUGAUGACAAAGCUCCUUCUUCAGUCGUCAAAAACAAACAAAAACCCAAACUGCAGAACUCAAGUCCUCCUAGAAAGAAGCCAGAGAGGAGUCGGCCCCCAAGCCCACAUGGUGAAAAUUAUUAUAAAGAGGAACCCAGUGAUUUUUUCGAGGCAAGCUUGAACACCAUGAAUGAUAUGUAUCGCUUUUAUUUAAACAAAGUCAUAGGGAUAGAAAAGAAGUACAACACCGGAGCGUUACACAUUAAAGAAAUUCUUUCCCCCAUGUUUGGCACACUAAAGGAAUCUGUCCAGUUUAACUACUGCUUUGAUAUUCCAUGGAUGGUGCAACAAUAUCCUCCUGAGUUUAGGAAUAAUCCUGUAACUAUCGUGCAUGGAGAGAAGCGAGAGUCAAAGGCUCGGCUCAUCCAGCAGGCUCAGCCCUACAGCCAUAUUCGCUUCUGUCAGGCUAAGCUAGAUAUUGCCUUUGGAACACAUCACACGAAGAUGAUGCUCUUGUGGUACGAGGAAGGCUUUAGAGUCAUCAUCCUGACUUCCAACCUCAUCCAAGCUGACUGGUACCAGAAAACUCAAGGACUGUGGAUGAGCCCUCUGUACCCACGGUUGCCAAAGGGGAGCCCUGAAACGGAGGGCGAGUCUCCUACACACUUCAAACGAGACCUGCUGGAGUACCUGACUGCAUACAGAGCCCCAGAGCUGGCCGAGUGGAUCGAGCGCAUCAAAGAACAUGACCUGUCAGAAACCAGGAUCUACCUUAUUGGUUCCACACCAGGGAGGUUUCAGGGAUCUGACAUGGAGAAGUGGGGUCACUUAAAGUUGAGGAAGUUGCUGAAGGAAAACGCACAACCAGUGCAGAACGCAGAGAACUGGCCUGUGAUUGGUCAGUUCUCCAGCAUUGGCUCUAUGGGCCUCGAUAAGACCAAGUGGCUCUCAGCAGAGUUCCAGCAUACUCUGACGACAUUAGGAAAGAGUGGGAAACUAUUAACUGUUCCAGAGACACCACUCAUGCUGGUUUAUCCUUCAGUGAAUAAUGUUCGAACCAGUUUGGAAGGCUAUCCAGCUGGAGGUUCUUUACCCUACAGUAUACAGACAGCACAGAAGCAGAUAUGGCUCCAUUCAUAUUUCCAUGGAUGGAGAGCUGAAACCUCAGGCAGGAGCAGAGCGAUGCCCCACAUUAAGACCUACAUGAGGGCUUCAGCGGAUUUCUCUCAGCUGGCCUGGUUUCUCGUUACAAGUGCCAAUUUGUCCAAAGCUGCUUGGGGGGCGUUGGAGAAAAACAAUACUCAGAUGAUGAUUCGUUCCUAUGAGCUGGGAGUUCUGUACCUGCCUUCAGCCUUUAAUAUGAGCACAUUUUCAGUGGAGAAGAACAUCUUCCCCAUCUCAAGCUCUUCUACAAGUUUCCCUGUGCCUUUUGAUUUGCCACCACUUCGCUACUCCACUAAAGACCAACCGUGGAUUUGGAAUAUUCCAUACACCCAAGCGCCGGACACACAUGGCAAUAUCUGGGUUCCAUCCUAAAACCCAUUCCCACUGCUGCUUGGAUACAAAGGGCCAAACGAGGACAGGAAGUGCCUGCUGUUUAUUACUGUCGUAUCAACGCGAUUCUCGGCUACAGUAAACAUUGAAAAUUAUAAAAAUCAGACUGUGAAUUUUUGAUAUAGGUAUUGUUAAGUAAUAAAGAAUUAGUUGACAAUGUGUUAA